AUGUCGGCAGAGGCGCGGGCGCUGCUGGACUCGCUCAUGGGCCCCGCCCGGGACAAGUCCAGAGAGGAGAACCUCAAGGCAGACGGGUGGAAAGAGGGCAACGUCUGCAAGAGAUACCUCGUCGGCUUCUGCCCAAACAACGCGCAGGACAACUGGUUCCACAAUACAAGGCGCAAGGACCUGAACGAAUGCAGGAAGAUUCAUUCGGACAGAUUGCGGGACGACUUCCUGAACCACGAGGACAGAGACAAGUACGAGCAAGAGUACGAGAAGGACUUUCUCGACUUCCUCGAAGGGCUCGUGCGGGAGGCCGACGCGUGGAUCGCCAGGGAGAACUCCAACGCCAAACUGACGGUCAAGAAGGAUAAGACGCCCGUACACGUCAAAGAGAAGCUCGCCAAGCUGAAGAUGCAGUCUGACGUGCUCUUCAAGCGCGCCGAGGAGGCAGCCGAUGCCGGCGAUAUGGCGGGCAGCAGAUCAGCGGUGGAGCUUGCGAACAUAGUGAACAAGGAGAUCGAGGAGCUGAAGGCGGAGCACGCGGAGGGCAAGGAGAAAGAGGAGACCUCCGUGGCAAUAGUCUGCGACGUCUGCGGUGUGAGGUGCAACCCGGAUGAGAAGGCGGACUUUGAGGCCCACGUGGCAGGCCGGCUGCACGAGGGCUACACGAAGAUCCGCGACAAGGUGAAGGAACUCCGCGAGAAGUUCAAGGCGCGGCACAGCAAGCGGGAGGCCGAAAGGGCCGAAAGGGCCGAAAGGAAGGAUAAGGAGAGGGAAAAGGAGAAGGAAAAGGAUAAGGAUAAGGAAAAGGAAAAGGAGAAGGACGGCGGGAAAGACAAAAGCGAGGACGUCGAGAAGCCGCAGAAGGAGAAGGAGAAAGAGAAAGACAAGAAGUCGCGGUCCCGGAAACGGUCGCGAGGUCGGGACCGCGACCGUGGCCGAGACCGCGACCGCGACCGCUCGCGCUCCAGGCGGAGGAGGCGCUGA